CUUCGAGGUAAUCCGUAGAAGGCUUCCUCUGUACUGCAUACAAAAUGGCCCGAGGACCAAGGAAGCAUCUGAAGCGUCUCGCAGCUCCUUCAUCAUGGAUGUUGGACAAACUCGGGGGAACUUACGCCCCUCGACCCUCCCCCGGUCCUCACAAGCUCCGAGAGUCCCUUCCUCUCGUUGUCUUCCUCCGAAACCGACUCAAGUACGCCCUCAACAACCGUGAAGUCACUGCCAUUGUCAAGCAGAGACUCAUCAAGGUCGACGGAAAGGUCAGGACUGAUGAGACUUACCCCGCCGGAUACAUGGAUGUCAUCACCAUUGAGCGAUCUGGAGAGCACUUCCGACUUCUCUACGACGUCAAGGGACGAUUCACCGUUCACCGAAUCUCUCCCGAGGAGGCCAAUUUCAAGCUUCUCAAGGUUCGAAGACAUGAGCUCGGAGCUAAGGGAGUUCCCUACAUCCUUACCCACGACGGACGAACCAUCCGUUACCCAGACCCUGCCAUCAAAGUCAACGACACUGUUAAAUUUGACUUUGUUGCCAACAAAAUUGUCGAGAUCAUCCCAUUCGAGGUCGGUAACCUCUGCAUGAUUACCGGAGGACGAAACAUGGGAAGAGUGGGAACCAUUAUUCACAUGGACAGGCACGACGGAGGUUUCAACAUUGUUCACGUCAAGGACGUUCUCGACAGGACCUUCGCCACCAGGUUGAGCAACAUCUUCAUCCUUGGAGAAUCAUCCAAGGCCCAGGUCUCUCUGCCCAAGGGCAAGGGUGUCAAACUUUCCAUUGCCGAGGAGCGUGACCAGCGAAGACGUAUGCGAGCUCAGGAGGCUUAGGAGUCUGCAUUGUAUUUACAGGAUGGCAUGCAGAUCGUUACGAGCAGAGAGAAGUGCGUCAAAAUGAUUGGCGCCAUUGCGGUGCACGGAUAGCAAUGGUGAACAGUAUAGGGACACGAGUGGAAGGAAUCUG